CAGCCUGGGCGUGUCCGUCCACUCCGUUCUCCUCUCAGUGUGCUGAGCGAGGCUCGGAGCGAGGCGAGUCGCCCUGGAGGCGCCAGAGGCAGGGCGCGAAGGGCUGUGGUGGUAGGCUCCCAUGUCGCGGCGCUAGUGCCCCGCACGCCCGCAGCGCGCCGAGGACAGUCGGAGGCGAGUGAGCGAUGCUGGGCACGCGGUGGGGGCCCCGGGCGGGGCUCCCGAGGGGGGCGCUGAGAGCGGCGCUGCUGGCCGCCCUGCUGCUGGCGUGCCUCGCGGAGAACCCCAACACGUACAACGUCGGCGGCGUCCUCAGCAACAACGAGAGCGCCACCCACUUCAGGGAAAUUAUAGAGAAAAUCAACUUCAUGGACCAGUACGUCCCGAAAGGGGUGACGUACCUUCCCUGCUUCAUCAUCAUGGACCCGAACCCGAUCCGGACCGCGCUCAACGUCUGCAAGGACCUGAUCGCGCACAAGGUGUACGCAGUGAUCGUGUCGCACCCGCUGAUUGGCGACCUGUCCCCGGCGGCCGUCUCCUACACGAGCGGCUUUUACCACAUACCCGUCAUCGGUAUCUCCUCCAGGGACUCGGCGUUUUCGGACAAGAACAUCCACGUUUCAUUCCUGCGCACUGUGCCGCCCUACUCGCACCAGGCCGACGUCUGGGUGGAGCUGCUCAAGCACUUCAACUACAUGAAGGUCAUCUUCAUCCACUCGUCGGACACGGACGGGCGCGCGCUGCUGGGCCGGUUCCAGACCACCAGCCAGAGCCUCCAGGACGACGUGGAGAUCAAGGUGCUGGUGGAGGCCGUCAUCGAGUUCGAGCCUGGCCUAGACAGCUUCACGGAGCAGCUGCUCGACAUGAAAAACGCCCAGGCCAGGGUGUACCUCAUGUACGCGGGGAGGAAAGACGCCAGCGUCAUCUUUCGGGACGCCGGCAACCUCAACAUGACGGAGACGGGCUACGUGUGGAUUGUGACUGAACAGGCCUUGGAGGCCAACAACGUGCCCGAAGGCACCUUGGGGCUCAAGCUUGUCAACGCCACGGCAGAGGAGGCCCACAUCCAGGACAGCAUUUUCGUGUUGACGUCCGCUCUGCGCGAGCUCACCAGCAUGAAGAACAUCACUGAGGCGCCGUCCGACUGUGAGACCUCGGGGACAAUCUGGGACACCGGCAAACAGCUUUUCGAGUACAUCAUGAAGCAAGAGCUACUGGAUGGGCAAACGGGCAAGGUUGCUUUCGACGAGAACGGCGACCGCGUCAACGCCGAGUACGACGUCGUCAACGUCAAGGAGAACCAGAUCCAGGAGGCCGUCGGCCACUUCGUCUACUCUCGGGAACAGAACCGCAUGCACCUGGAGCUCAACGACACGGACAUCCUGUGGCCCGGGCGGCUGCGCACCAAGCCCGAGGGCUUCAUGAUCCCCACGCACCUCAAGGUGCUCACCAUCGCAGAGAAGCCGUUCGUGUACGUGCGCGAGGCCAAGGAGGAGAAGUGCACCAACGACGAGAUCCCGUGCCCCCACUUCAACAGCUCAGACGACUCGACCGACGCCGUCAUGUACUGCUGCCGCGGCUUCUGCAUGGACCUGCUGCAGGAGCUGGCCAAGACCAUCAACUUCACGUACAGCCUGGCGCUCUCGCCGGACGGGCUCUUCGGCAACUACGUGAUCCGCAACACGACGGUGGGCGGCAAGAAGGAGUGGACGGGGCUGAUCGGCGAGCUGGUCAACGAGCGCGCCGACAUGAUCGUGGCGCCGCUCACCAUCAACCCGGAGCGCGCCGAGUUCAUCGAGUUCUCCAAGCCGUUCAAGUACCAGGGCAUCACCAUCCUGGAGAAGAAGCCCUCGCGCUCGUCCACCCUCGUGUCGUUCUUGCAGCCCUUCUCCAACACGCUCUGGAUCCUGGUGAUGGUCUCGGUGCACGUCGUCGCCCUCGUGCUGUACCUGCUGGAUCGCUUCUCGCCCUUCGGCCGCUUCAAGCUCGCCAACACGGACGGCACCGAGGAGGACGCGCUCAACCUCAGCUCCGCCAUCUGGUUCGCCUGGGGCGUCCUGCUCAACAGCGGCAUCGGGGAGGGAACCCCGCGCAGCUUCUCGGCCCGCGUGCUCGGCAUGGUGUGGGCCGGCUUCGCCAUGAUCAUCGUCGCCUCGUACACUGCCAACUUGGCCGCCUUCCUCGUGCUGGAGCGGCCCAAGACCAAGCUGACGGGCAUCAACGACGCGCGCCUCCGCAACACCAUGGAGAACCUGACGUGCGCCACCGUCAAGGGCAGCGCCGUGGACAUGUACUUCAAGCGGCAGGUGGAGCUCAGCAACAUGUACCGCACCAUGGAGGCCAACAACUACGACACGGCCGAGGACGCCAUCGAGGACGUCAAGAAAGGGUAA